AUGUUGAAGAGAACGCUAGUGAGAUUGAACAAGAUAGAGAGAAUAAAUCUCAGCAAUGCAUCUAAUAAUAGAUUAUUCAACUUUAGUAACUUAAAAAGCGACGCUCUUAGUGAACUCGACAAAGAAGACUUUGUUAUAUAUCCAAAUUAUCUGAAUAUAGAAGAACAGAAAGUACUAUUAAAGCAACUACUUAAAAAAUUAGAUAGAGUCUGUGGUAAACCAAGAAGAAACACUAAUUUACAACGUCAACACGAGGAACAAUACGAAGAGGGUAACCUUCAGCGUGCAUUCUGUCAUAAAGAUAUGUACAGGUGGCAAACUAGUCACUUUGACAAUGUUAUAACUGGAUACAGAGAGGCAAAUGUGCGCUCUAUGACGGUACCAAAUGUCGUAUCAGAGGAGGGUAUUUUGGGUAUAUUGAAGCGACUAUAUGGAUGCUUAUAUGACAACUCUACCGAAUUGACAAAGCUUCAAGCGAAUGAUAUGAAAGAUGAAAGAUUAGAGGAUGACGACUUAAGUGUACCAAAAUGGAUACAAUCACAUAUACUACACUUAUCACCAGAUGGUACUAUACAAGCACAUGUAGAUAACCAGGAAGCAAUGGGUUCUACAAUAAUGGGUCUCAGUCUUGGUGAAGAGCGUUUAGUCGAGUUUAAUAACGAGAGCAAAGGUAGUUUCUUGGUUAGAUUACCAAGCGGAAGCGUUUAUAUACAAAAAAGUAAGCUGAGAUAUGAAUACAAGCAUUCAAUUCUACAAGGUAAUUGUAGAGAUCAGAGGUUAUCGCUAAUGUUGAGAGAUCAACCAAGCCCUAAAUAG